GGGCCUACAAGCUGCGCAAGCGCAGUUUCUCGCCGGGCUGCCAAGAUGUCUAUCCCCAAGUAUAAGCCGUCGAAGCUGGCCACUCUCCCCACGACCCUCGACCCUAGCGAAUACAAUAUAACUCCGGAAGACCGACGAGCGCAAGCCGAGCGGUUGGCAAUAAGGGCCCGGCUGAAGCGAGAGUAUCUGCUUCAGUACAACGACCCCAGCCGCCGAGGGCUCAUCGAAGAUCCUGCAUUGUUACGUUGGACCUAUGCAAGAUCGACUAAUGUUUAUCCCAACUUUAGACCCACUCCAAAGAACUCACUGUUAGGAGCUCUUUUUGGAAUUGGACCCCUCUUAUUCUGGUAUUAUGUUUUUAAAACUGAAAGAGAUAGGAGAGAAAAACUUAUCCAGGAAGGAAAAUUGGAUCGAAAAUUUAACAUCUUGUAUUAAGUCUAACAAUGAUCACUCUAUGUAUUAUUGCUUAAAUAAAUCUUAUAUUGACCAUUAAA